CCCUAUGAAUGUAAACAGUGUGGGAAAGCCUUUUCCCAACCUAGUAGUCUCCAACUGCAUAAAAGAACACAUACUGGAGAGAAACCCUACAAAUGUAAUCAGUGUGGAAAAGCCUUUUCACGAAACGGACAUCUCCAAGUACAUAAAAGAACACAUACUGGAGAGAAACCUUACAAAUGCAAUCAGUGUGGGAAAGCCUUUUCACACCCCAGUACUCUCCAUGUGCAUAAAAGAACACAUACUGGAGAGAAACCCUAUGAAUGUAAUCAAUGUGGCAAAGCCUUUUCACGACAUGGACAUCUCCAAGUACAUAAAAGAACACAUACUGGAGAGAAACCCUACAAAUGUAAUCAAUGUGGUAAAGCAUUUGCAUAUUGUAGAAGUCUCCAAAGUCAUAAAAGAACACAUACUGGAGAGAAAUCCUACGAAUGUAAUCAGUGUGGUAAAGCCUUUUCAGAAAUCGGUAAUCUCAAACUACAUAAAAGAACACAUACUGGAGAGAAACCCUACGAAUGUAAUCAGUGUGGUAAAGCCUUUUCACGACACGGACAUCUCCAAGUACAUAAAAGAACACAUACUGGAGAGAAACCCUACGAAUGUAAUCAGUGUGGUAAAGCCUUUUCAAAAAAAGGAAAUCUCCAAGUGCAUAAAAGAAUACAUACUAGAGUGAAACCCUACAAAAGUAAUCAGUGUGGGAAAAACUUUUCACAACACGGACAACUCCAAAGGCAUAAAAGA